AUGGGGCCAAACCCAAUAACCGACCUUGUCGCAGAGUACAGACCAGACCUGGUCCCGUUGCAGGAGUUGUAUAGAUACUAUCACGCAAACCCAGAGCUCUCAAACCACGAAGUCGAGACAGCAGCUCACAUUGCUCAACAGCUACGCGGCAUCUCCCCAGAUCUUGUCAUCAAGACGGGAAUCGGCGGUCACGGCCUCACUGCGACGCUGCACAAUGGCGACGGCCCGACCGUACUGCUGCGUGCCGACAUCGACGCGCUGCCCGUCCUGGAGCUGACCGAUCUCCCGUAUGCCAGUCGCAAACGCACUCGGGAUGUCCACGGGGUCGACAAGCCCGUCAUGCAUGCCUGUGGCCACGACAUGCACAUAGUCUGUCUGCUAGGAACCGCGAAGCUCCUCGUCGAUGCCAGGGCCGCGUGGGCGGGAACAGUCCCGGCCGAGGAGCGCGGCACCGGCGCCGAGGCUAUGGUCCGUGAUGGCCUCUACGACCCGGAGAGGCAUGCGGUGCCCGUCCCCGACGUGGUCCUCGGCGGUCACGUCGUCCCUCUGCGCGCCGGAGUCAUUGGGACCCGGCGAGGGCUCUUUGCUACCAGUGCCGAGAGUCUGAAGGUGACGCUGCACGGCAAAGGGGCCCAUGCAUCAUCACCCCACAAAGCAGUCGAUCCAAUCGUCAUGGCCUCGAGCGUCGUCCUCAAACUGCAGACGAUUGUGUCACGCGAGGUCGACCCCGCCGAUACUGCCGUGGUGACAGUGGCAAGCAUCCAUGCGGGGGAUGCCGAAAAUGUGAUUGCCGAUCAUGCAGAGCUGGCCAUCGACACGCGGUCAAUCUCGCCCUCGACGAGGGAGCGUGUGCUUGCCCGAAUCAAAUCCAUCGUCCAGACUGAGAGCCUCUCCUCGCAGGCGACACACGAGCCCACGAUCCAGACAACCAGGUCGUACCCCCUGACGGUAAACGAUGUUGCGACAACUGCUCGGCUCGAAGAAGCCUUUGCUGCACAUUUCGGGGAAGCACGAGGACAGUACCAGCGCGACAUUCGUCGACUAAGCGGAAGCGAGGAUUUCAGCAUACUGGCAUCGUCGGUGGGGAAGCCGUAUUGCUUCUUCUCGUUUGGCGGCAUCGACCAGAAACUGUGGGACGAGGCCGAGGCCACCGGCUCGCUGGAGGGCAGAAUUGCUGGGAAUCACUCGGGACGGUUCAAGCUGGCGAUCUCGCCCACGUUACAGACUGGGCUGGAUGGUUAUGCCGUGGCGGCACUCGCUUUCCUGUUAGCACAGUAG